GUCACCUUGGCAACCGGGCUCCAUCAGAUUCCUUCCGAAGAGAGAGACGCACACAUACACACACACUCACACACACACACACAUAUAUAUAUUUAUACAUAUAUCCUAACAGGAGCACCUCAUACUACACAUCUGCUCUGUGACCAUCUUUGGGUGAGAGAUAUUCCUCACGGUUUAGCUGUGCCUGAGACAAUGGUGCAGCUAGGGGUUAAUCUGGCAGAUAAAGGUGACAAUGAACAAGGUUUGGAUGAGGACAAGGUGCCCUUGAUAACACCUCUCGAUGUUGACCAAUUGGAGCAACCAUUUCCUGAAAAGUUGAUUGUAAAGACUCGGACAGAAUAUCAGCUGCAGCAGAAAAAAAAGAGGAAGAUCCAUGUGCCAGGGAUUAAACGACUAAACAUAAACCUGUAUGAUGAGGUCUCUGAAAAGGUCAAGCUGACUGGUCUGAUCCUGAUCACCAUGGUUUUUCUGGCUUGUCUUCUGAUGCUGGUGAUGUACAAGGCUCUGUGGUAUGAACAGCUCACUUGUCCUGAAGGUUUCAUUUUCAAGCACAAGCAUUGCUCUCCUACAGACCUGGAAAUGUAUUAUUCCCAGCAAGAAGCAGGACCACAUGGCACCCUAUACACAGCAAUCACACAGGCCAAGAAGACUCUUCCAGAACUGCCUUCUCCCUGGCUGCCGGUCAUCAAUGCCCUAAAGGAGGCAGAAAAAGCCAAAAGAGAGAUGGGGGCAGCACAGCAGUGAGUUAAUAUAGCUAAGGAAGGGGGGAAAUCUGUGAGAUCAAGGAAGAUUUAAGGAAGAAGGUUGGCUUUUGGAAGAGCUGGAAGUUUUCCCUAUCACCAUGCACUACUUUGCCUGAAACAUCUUCAUGUAAAAAAUAAAAAUUAGUCCCAGUUAGCAAGGUGUCGGAGAUGCAAUAAAGUUAACACACUUAAUAUUUUGCAGAUUGUCUUUUGUGGGUCUGGGUUUCCAUAAAAAUACUACUCAUUGUUACAGAGAGGGAACUAAGCAGAACUGGAGAAAAAAGUAAAAGAAAAAACGUAGACAAAUCAUGUUACCAAGAUUAAAAGAUACCAUGGACAAGUCAUAAGAAACAGAGUGAUAUCCCAAACAACUCUGUGCAGCACUUUAAGGACAGUCAGUAUGGUACUCAUUUUUGCUGUACGCUCAUAAUCUUUAGAAUACAUUUUCACUUUCUCAAUGCAGUUAUUUCCAUGUAUUGCUUUUAACUAUCUUUUAUUAUAGUCACCAUAUUUUUGCUUGUUAAAAUGAUGGACUAUGCUUAAAUGGGAUUUGCCACUUGAAAACAGAAGUGAACCCCCCCAUCAAGACCAUCAGUAUAAUACCUUUUCAUUAUACUGAUAAACUUAAGCUGAUAAUUACCAAGAUGAUGUAAUAUUUGGGUCUGAUUUGCUACUGUGUAAGGUUAAGGACAGUGAAUUAAACACAAGCAUCCAAGUAUGUGCAAGAGAAAUUUAAAAAUAUAGGAGCCUUUUCUGCACGUGUUUGGAUAUUUGAAUUGCACCAUUUCAGUUCAUUUCACAUUAUACGUUAAUAAAUGAGGCACGCGGAGUCUGCCAAGUCAACAUAAACUAUAUCAGGGCAUGGGUCCCAUGGGUGUUGUAACUUGAACAGUAUGAGGGUAAGAGACCCUUCAUGUUGCUAUUUGGAGAGGAUGUUAUCCGUUUUAAGCGUAAAGUGGGAAAAAAAUUCAUAUUGUAUUGUGAAAUCAUGGCAUAUCAUUUGUAUGCUACAUUAAAUAUAUUACUUUUAACUGUA